AGGCAGCCGCCGCAGCAGUCACCCGCGCGUGUGAUGGUGCCUUGCCAUCGCACCAUGCCUUUGCGCCACCCAUUCUGCCCACGCCCCCUUCCAUUUCUCCAUCGCCGCGCCCUCCUCCCCUGGCCUCAAUCGCCCUGGCAGCACCAACAGAGCCCGCUACCCCAGGCGCAGAGGGGGUGGAGAGCGACAGCGAGCGCGCGGGCCAAGGCUUUUUCCCCCGCCAGCCAGACCACUCUCGCCCCGCGCUUCCCGCACGCCUCCCACAUCACAGCCUCUGUGCCAGCCUCCCGCGGGUUUGCGGACGCCCUCCCCCGAUGCGCACGCGCCUGCAGCAGCGGAGGCAACAUUCCUUAUGCGAGAGAGCGGGGCAGUGGGGCGGAAGGGGAGGAAGAGGGGAGCGGAGGGGAGGAGGGGGGAGACGUGGCAAAACUGAGGCGGCAGGUGACGAUGCCCGGGGGCACCACAUCGCCGCCUCGCCUCCUCAGCAAGUAAUUGCUGCCCCAUCGCCACAUCGCUGCCACUUUGCUGCAUCUGCCCCAUGUCCUUCUCUCUCCCCGCUGUCCUUCUCGCUCCCCCUUGCCCUUCUCUCUCCCCCCUGCCUUCUCUCUCCCCCCUGUCCUCCUCUCUCCCCCCUGUCCUCCUCUCUCCCCCCUGUCCUUCUCUCUCCCCCCUGCCCUUCUCUCUCCCCCCUGCCCUUCUCUCUCCCCGCUGUCCUUCUCUCUCCCCCCUAUCCUUCUCUCUUCCCCUCCCUUCUCUCUCCCCCCUGUCCUUCUCUCUUCCCGCUGUCCUUCUCUCUCCCCCUGUCCUCUCCCCCCCUGUCCUUCUCUCUCCCCCCUGUCCUUCUCUCUCCCCACUGUCCUUCUCUCUUCCCCCUGUCCUCCUCUCUCCCCAUCCAUCCUCGCCCCAUUCAUCCUCUCCCCAUCCAACCUCACCCCCAUUUAUCCUCUCCCCAUCCAUCCUCACCCCAUCUCCUCCUCACCUCUUUCCGCCUCACCCCAUUUUGCUCACCCCAUUUCGCCUCACCCCAUUCCGCCCACCCCAUUCCGCCCCAACCCAUUCCGCCUCACCCAAUACGUCGCCCACCCACCCGCCAUAGCCGCCCUUCCUCUCCCUCUCAUUGCCGCUAG